UUUUCUCACUCAAAAUUACUCAAGCAUUUUUCUAUUCUCUUUAAUUAUUACUAAUGGCGCUGCAUAACACAAGUUUAUCAGCUUUUUACCUACUUAUUUUAUCUUUCUUCACUCUAGUAACAAUUUCUUUCACGAUGAAUGGAAACGACGAACUCCAAACGGCUAGGGAUGGCUUUCCCUUGUGGAUGAAUAAUGUUGACAAGAAAAUCAUAGGAGCUACUCCCAAGGUUCUAAAGAUGAACGCCGACAUAGUAGUUGCUAAAGACGGGACCGGAAAUUAUACGACGUUAAAAGAAGCGGUCGAUGCCGUACCUGACAACAACAAGAAAAGAUUUAUCAUUUAUUUGAAAAGAGGAGUUUACAAGGAAACAAUUGAAAUUGGGGAAAUGAAGACAAAUUUAAUGCUCAUAGGCGAUGGUAGAGACAUAUCCCUUCUUACUGGCAGUUUAAACUUCAAGGAUGGAUACACCAUCUUGAAAUCUGCCACGCUUGCGACUUGCGCUAACGGAUUUAUAGCGCUAGACCUUUGGUUCCAAAACACGGCUGGACCGACUAAGAAUCAGGCGGUUGCUCUCCGCGUGAAUGCCGAUCUUUCAGUCAUAUAUCGGUGUCGAAUAGAUGGCUACCAAGACACACUUUUUGCUGAGCAACACCGACAAUUCUAUCGUGAUUGUUACAUCACAGGUACUAUAGAUUUUAUCUUUGGAGAUGCUGCAGCAGUGUUCCAAAAUUGUGAGAUUGUGGCGCGAAAGCCUUUGAGCGGACAGAGUAACGUUCUGACGGCUCAGGGACGCAUUAAGCCGACAAGAAACUCUGGCUUCUCGCUUCAAAGGUGUAAUAUAACAGCGAGUUUGGAUCUAUCCCCGGUCAAAGGAACAGUAAAAUCAUUCUUAGGACGUCCAUGGAAGAAUUUCUCCAGAGUGGUAAUAAUGCAGUCUUUCAUAGGCGAUUUUAUUGAUCCGGCUGGGUGGACUCCUAUGGACCACGAUGUUGGACGUUUAUCGACGUUAUUCUAUGGUGAAUACGAGAAUAAGGGUCUUGGAGCAGACACUAGAAGAAGGGUUAAAUGGCAAGGAUACAAAUUGAUUACUGAUCCGAAGGAGGCAUUGGAAUUCACAGUGACUAGUCUUAUUAACGGUGAGUUGUGGCUCAAUUCUACCGGUGUGCCUUACGAGGAAGGACUAUAAAUACUUAUGUUAUGUUAUGUUAGUAAAUAAAUGUAAAUAAUUUGUGUGAUAAAAACUGGUAAAAAUAUAAAUACUGUAUUGUAUAUUAUGUUAUUCGCCAACCUAAAAA